UUGAGUUUUGACAAAAAUCUGGAAAAAAGUAAAAAAUGGCGGACGAUGCAUCAAGCAGCAGCGGUUGUACCGGUAAUUUAUGUGAUAAUUCAAUAAAUCAAGAUGAGUUAAUUAUGAAACAGCAACGAGAAAUUGAAAAAGAGAUUUCAGAGUCUAUACCACUUGUUGGAGAACUUGAAGAGUUAUCGUCUCUAGAAAAAGAAUACAAUGAAGAUCCAGUGUAUCUUCUAAAAAUAAAGGAUCUAGCCUCAAAGUAUAAAAAUAUUCGUAGGACACGUCCUGAUGGAAAUUGUUUUUUUCGUGCAUUUUCUUACGCUUAUUUAGAGUAUUUGCUCACUGAUAAAACAGAAUACGACAAAUUUCACGAGAUUGCUAAAGAUUCAAAGGAAGUCCUUGUUGCUUUAGGCUUUUCUCAAUUUACCGUUGAAGACUUUUAUGAAACAUUUAUGGAAGUGGUGCAGAGAGUUGGUGAAAAGUCGGGUGGUGCACCAGCAGAAACAGAGACCAUAAGAGAGGAGCUUCAUGAUAAAUUUAAUAAACAAGGGUAUUCUGACUAUAUUGUGGUGUAUCUUCGUUUGAUAACAUCUGGCCAGUUACAGACUCAACAUGACUUCUAUCAAAACUUCAUAGAAGGACCGAGAUCAGUCACUGAUUUCUGUAGACAGGAGGUGGAACCCAUGUAUAAGGAAUCGGAUCAUAUUCAUAUCAUAGCUCUUAGUAAUGCUCUUAAAAUGGGAGUACGAGUUGAAUACAUGGAUCGUGGAGAAGGCAGUCAGGUGAUUGCACAUGACUUCCCUGAAGGUUCCAAGCCCCUAGUUAAUCUGUUGUAUCGGCCAGGCCAUUAUGAUAUCCUCUACGCAUGAUUGUGAUUAUACUUUAACAAUAAAACUUAAUAUUA